AUGGAAGGCGGGGCGGGCGCAGCAAGGUGGACCAGAUCGAAGGGCCCCGUGGAGUGUGAUCAUGCUGCUGUUUUGGUAGCGGGACAUGAGGGUAAGAAGAAGAAGCAGGAGGCUACUCUCGAUCUCUCCGACACAACGCCACUACGAGUGGCAGAAUCCGUUCCGGAGAAGGAGAUCGCAGUGUGCCAUGAGUACGACAACGACGAACCUGAGAUGGCCUCUCAGCAGAUCAACAUGACUGAAAUUCUGCAAACCCUUACUGCCCAUCUCAGCCUCACGUUCCAAAUUCAAUUCUUCAAAUAA